AUGAUUUUUCAAACAGUUUUUGAGUGUUUGGACAUAAGCAGUUUGUUGCUGUUUGGCUUCCUGGCACUGCUGCUGACGGACAUAGUGCGAAACUGGCGACCUGGAACUUUCCCACCGGGACCCUUGGCCAUACCUUUUCUUGGAAAUGUCUUCACCGGAAUGGAUUUUAAAGCCUUGGAGAGACUGGCAAAGGACUACGGGCCCGUGUACAGCUUGAGGCGAGGCGGCGAAAGGAUAGUGUUCGUUUCGGGGUACCGCAUGGUCAAAGAGGCACUCGUCAACCAACUGGACAGCUUCGUGGACCGGCCCAGCGUGCCGCUCUUCGAUGGCAUUUUCAAGGGCAUCGGGGUGGCGUUGAGCAAUGGUUACCCAUGGAAAAAGCACAGGAGGUUUGUUGUCAGCCACCUGCGCUACUUUGGAGAAGGCCAGCAGUCUCUGGAGAACUACAUUCGAGUGGAAUGCGGCUACCUGUGCGAGGCUUUCAAAGAGGAGCAAGGUAAGCCUUUCAACCCUCAUUUCACGCUGACCAAUGCAGUGGGCAACGUCAUUGCUUCGGUGCUGUUCGGGCACCGCUUUGAGUACAAUGACGGAAACUUCCGAAGGUUUCUCGAGUUGGACAACGAUGCUAUCGUGCUCGCAGGCUCACAAAUUGCACAGCUCUACAACGUCUUCCCCUCACUAAUGAAGCGUUUACCGGGUCCACACCAAACGGUCAUUGGCAAUUACAAAGAGAUUGAGCUCUUCCUAGCAGACGAAGUGCGGAAGCAUCAAGAGGAGUGGAACCCUGAGCAACCAAGAGACUUCAUUGACGUGUACCUUUCGGAGAUAGACAAGCUUAAGGAAGACCCCUUGGCCGGUUUCAACAUUGAAAGUCUGAAUGUAUCCAUUCUUGAUCUCUUUGAGGCCGGAACAGAAUCGACGGCCACUACCUUGCGCUGGGCUAUUGUGUACAUGAUGCACUAUCCAGAUAUCCAAAAGAAAGUCCAGACGGAGAUUGAUAACGUGAUCGGACAAUCUCGUCCACCCGCCUUGGCUGACAGACCCAACAUGCACUACACUGAAGCCGUCAUCUACGAGACGCAGAGGAUUGGCAACAUCUUGCCUUUGGGAUUCCCCAAAAUGGCCAAUAAGGAGGCCACACUUGGAGGAUACAUCAUACCAAAGGGUACAGCCAUAGUCACUGAUCUAGCAUCCGUGCUUUUUGACAAAAACGAGUGGGAGACCCCGGGCAUGUUCAACCCUCAACACUUCCUGGAUUCAGAAGGCCACUUCCGUAGAAGAAACGCCUUUCUGCCCUUUUCUGCAGGCAAGCGGGCGUGUUUGGGUGAGCAACUGGCACGCAUGGAACUUUUCCUGUUCUUCACGGCGCUCCUGCAACGCUUCACUUUCACCGCCGUACCUGGAGAAAUGCCGAGCCUGGAGGCAGUUCAGGGUUUCACGCAGUCGCCAAAAGAGUUUCGCUUCCUUGCCGUACCUCGCUGA